GGCUGCUGUGCUCGCCGCCCUGGUCGCUCCGGGACGGCGAGAUGACACCGCCUCCGCCCGGAUGCACCGCCCUCGGCGUCCUGCCCGCCCGCGUCCCCGGCCGGCCGCCUGGGCCCGGGCUCCCGCUGCGGCUGCUACUGCUGCUGCUCUGGGCGGCCGCCGACACCCACAGCCACCCGAGGACCGGACCCCGCAUCUCUGCUGUCUGGACAGAACCUGUGGACAAAGUGGCUGCCCUGCGGGAGUUCCGGGUGCUGCACACUGCCUUGCACAGCAGCUCCUCCUACCGGGAGGCGGUCUUUAAGAUGCUCAGCAAUAAGGAGUCUCUGGAUCAGAUCAUUGUGGCCACCCCAGGCCUCAGCAGUGACCCCAUUGCUCUCGGGGUUCUCCAGGACAAGGACCUUUUCUCUGUCUUUGCUGAUCCCAACAUGCUUGAUACGUUGGUACCUGCUCAUCCGGCCCUAGUCAAUGCCAUUGUCCUGGUUUUGCACUCGGUGGCCGGCAGCACGCCGCUACCGGGGGCUGACUCCUCUUCCCGGAGCACGCCCUCCAGCUCCUACCGGGACAUGCCAGGUGGCUUCCUCUUUGAAGGGCUCUCUGACGAUGAGGAUGACUUUCACCCAAGGGCCAGGUCCACGCCCUCUAGCAGCACCCCCAGCUCCCGCCCGGCCUCCCUGGGGUACAGUGGAGCUGCUGGACCCCGGCCCAUCACCCAGAGCGAGCUGGCCACUGCCCUGGCCCUGGCCAGCACUCCAGAGAGCAGCUCUCACACACCGACUCCAGGCACCCAGGGCCAUUCCUCUGGGACCUCACCAAUGUCCUCUGGUGUCCAGUCAGGGACACCCAUCACCAAUGACCUCUUCAGCCAAGCCCUACAGCAUGCCCUGCAGGCCUCUGGGCAGCCCAGCCUUCAGAGCCAGUGGCAGCCUCAGCUGCAGCAGCUGCGCGACAUGGGCAUUCAGGAUGAUGAGCUGAGCCUGCGGGCCCUUCAGGCCACUGGCGGGGACAUCCAAGCAGCUCUGGAGCUCAUCUUUGCCGGAGGAGCCCCAUGAACUCCCCGCUCCUCCUGACCCCCAACAAACUGCCAAGGUGUCUGCCCACGGGAGGCACUCCUGGAGGUGCCCCAUCUCUCCUUUACCCAAUACACCUGACGGUUGACCUUCACUUUGUCCAGUGCCUGGCCUUUCUGGCUGAUCCGCGCUGGUGGGGGCAGUGGGGCAAGUGUGGUGUGUGGGUCUCGGUGCUGUGACAUCGGGGAGCAUGACUGGCUCUUGCUGCUGGGCCGUGGCUGGAGAAUGUUAGUCCCAUGUGAUGGGGUAUGGCAUAUGAGUAUCUGUUUCUUCUCUUCGACCCAGAAAUGAAAAUGGACAAAGAAAUUACUACCUUUACAGCUGAAGAUUUGCUUCAGAAGCGUUUGAAGGGCCUAUUUUAUGCAAGGCCUUAUUCCAGGAGCUGUGUAAAUGUGAGAAUGAAUCAUAUACAAGGACUUCAUCACUAGGAAGAAGUAUGGCCAUGCAUGAAUUUUUUCACGAAUAAUUUUAAUACCAGAUAAAAUAUGAAA